UAUGUUGAUUAUGGUUCAUGUCGGUAUUUUUUACUACAUUUCCCAUAAUCCCCCGCCAAACCGGAACUGCGAGCACAACGCGGAAGCAUGCGAAGAGUGAGCCGGCGAUCCUGUGAGGAUGGUCCGCUGCUGGAGGAGCAGGAGACAGAGGGCCAGAGACAGCUGCACAGCCUCCUGCUGCAGCAGCUCCACACUGACGUUGACAUUGACCGAUGUGUUGCCAAGAAGCAGUGCUUCGCCCCCGCAGCACUCUAUCGGCCGUUUGGGGAGCAGGCAUCUGGAGUGAGGAGUCUGUCCCAGUUCCAGGCCCUGCAGGAUGGGGAGAAGGAGCUGACCAGCCUGCGGGAGCUGGGCCUCUCUGAUGCUGAGAUCCAGCUGUGGCAGAGCAGAGACGCACCAGAGGUGACGGAGAAGUCCCAUGGUGUGUGCGCAGCUCCGGGGGCGAAGCAGCAGCGCCUGCAAGCAAUCAGAGACAAGAUUGAAGCCAGGGCGGAGCUCCUAUCCCGGCCACAGCGCUUCGCCACCAGCCAGCCACUCUCACGCCGGGAGAUGGAGAUCGAACGAGCUCUGUUCCAGGGAAAUGACCGCCUGGGUUUCCUCACCGCGCUUUACCAUCGAGAUGAAGAAAACCAGGAGGGCCAGCAGGGGGCGUCGUCCACCGAUCCAAUGGACUCUCUCUACAGAGACGUUCUCAGCAAGGAGAGACAACAAGCCUCACUACGGGAUUCUGAAGGAGAAAUAACUGCAGCAUCACACCUGUCUACACACAGAACAGUAUCUGACCAAUCACAUCACUCACAGACAGACAGUGACCAAUCUGAAGACACGACUGAGCAUCAAUCUGAAAACAGCAGAUCAUCAGGCCAGACAGAGUCAAGUUCAGAUACAUCAAAGCAGCAGCACACUCAGGACAGACAGGAGCAAACACACCCAGCUGCUCCAACAAAGAUAGAAAUAAACCAGCCAAUCGGCAGCCUGCGUGGAGCGGUGAAGGCGGGCUCAGGGGGACCGCUGACUGUCAGAGGGGAGAUUGAGAUAAUUACAGAUGAAGAAAUCCUGCGGAACCGUGAAUCUGAGGAAGGGAUCCGGAGCAUCCAGAGGUUCCGAAACUAUGAGCCAGGAAAACCGUCCAAGGUGCUGUGCGUGAAGAACCUGAGUGCACAGGCGUCAGUGGCCCAGCUGGUGGCGCUGUUCUCCAGGUUCGAGCCCGAGAACGGGCCCCCAGUCAUUUACCGCCUGCUGACUGGAAGAAUGAAGGGCCAGGCCUUCAUCACUCUGCCAGAUGCUGAAACGGCCCAGAAAGCCUUGCUAUUGGUCCAUGGAUACCGGUUGCUAGGGAAACCUUUAGUGGUUGAGUUUGGCCGUGAGCGACAGGAAAAGGAGAAACAGAAGGAUAAGGAAGUGCAGGAGGAGAAGAAAUAAAACUAAAAAAUGUUUAUUCAUGACAUGACAACAUGGAUCUUCCAGAGUGGUGAAUAACAGGCUCAGAUGGAUGUGAUUGUAAAUUAUUUAUUUUUUUCCGGAUAAAAGUCGUCAUCUUUGCCUGUUUCAUAUUAAUAAAUAUUUGUUUUAUGCCAAACUGCCA